AUGUCGUCCAUGCGAGGAUUGGUCCAGUUCAUUGCUGACCUGCGGAAUGCAAGAGCGCGCGAGUUGGAGGAGAAACGAGUGAACAAGGAAUUGGCCAACAUUCGACAGAAAUUCAAGUCCGGCAGCCUCAACGGAUAUCAGAAAAAGAAAUACGUCUGCAAAUUGCUCUAUGUUUAUAUCCAGGGGUACGAUGUUGAUUUCGGCCAUUUAGAGGCCGUGAAUCUAGUUUCCUCCCCCAAGUAUUCAGAGAAACAGAUUGGAUACUUGGCUGUGACACUCUUCUUGCACGAGCAGCAUGAGCUCCUGCACUUGGUUGUCAACAGUAUCCGGAAGGACUUGCUGGAUCACAAUGAACUAAAUAACUGUCUGGCAUUGCAUGCGGUUGCCAAUGUGGGUGGAAGAGAGAUGGGUGAGGCGCUCUCAACCGACGUUCAUCGUUUGCUUAUUUCCCCUACUUCUAAAGCUUUUGUGAAGAAGAAAGCUGCUCUCACACUUCUCCGAUUGUACCGCAAAUACCCCGGCAUUGUGCAGAAUGAGUGGGCGGAGCGGAUAAUCUCCCUGAUGGAUGAUCCUGACAUGGGUGUCACCUUGUCUGUUACCUCACUAGUCAUGGCCUUGGCCCAAGACAAACCGGAUGAGUAUAGAGGAAGCUAUGUUAAAGCUGCCCAGCGGCUGAAGAGGAUUGUGGUGGAUAAUGACAUCGCACCGGACUACCUGUAUUAUCGUGUACCAUGUCCCUGGAUCCAGGUUAAAUUUUUGCGCCUGCUGCAAUAUUACCCUCCCUCUGAGGACAGCCAUGUUCGUGAGAUUAUCCGCGAGUCUUUGCAACAAAUGAUGCAUGCAGCCAUGGAUACGCCGAAGAAUGUCCAGCAGAAUAAUGCGCAGAAUGCUGUGCUCUUCGAGGCUAUUAAUCUUCUCAUCCAUCUUGACACUGAGCACAGCCUCAUGCUGCAAAUUUCCUCCCGUCUUGGGAAAUACAUCCAGUCGCGUGAGACCAAUGUUCGAUACUUAGGACUGGAAGCGAUGACACACUUUGCGGCUAGGGCAGAGACAUUGGACCCGAUCAAAAAGCAUCAGAAUAUCAUCCUUGGCUCACUCCGAGACCGCGAUAUCAGUGUUAGACGUAAAGGAUUGGAUUUGAUCUAUAGCAUGUGCGACACAACCAAUGCAGGUCCCAUAGUGAAUGAGUUAUUGCGUUAUCUCCAGACCGCCGACUAUGCCAUUCGGGAAGAAAUGGUGCUGAAAGUUGCAAUCCUUACAGAAAAGUACGCGACUGAUGCUCAGUGGUACAUUGAUAUGACAUUGAAACUUCUUUCUCUGGCCGGUGAUCACGUCAAUGAUGAAGUGUGGCAGCGCGUGAUCCAGAUUGUGACCAACAAUGAGGAGUUGCAGGCCUAUGCAGCACAUACCCUGCUCACUUACUUGAAAACGGAUUGUCAUGAGAGCUUAGUGAAGAUUGCUAGCUACGUCCUAGGGGAGUUUGGGCAUCUGAUUGCUGACAACCAAGGCUCGAGCCCCAUCGAGCAGUUCCUGGCGCUACAGGCCAAAAUGAUUACCAGUACAGACAACACCCGUGCGAUGAUUUUGUCAUCUUUUGUGAAAUUUGUUAAUCUUUUCCCCGAGAUUAAACCACAGCUAUUGCAUAUCUUCAAGUUGUACAGUCAUUCACCGGAUUCCGAGUUGCAGCAGCGGGCUUUCGAAUACCUGUCAUUGGCAACACUUUCCUCCGACGAUCUUCUCCGGACGGUCUGCGAUGAAAUGCCCCCGUUCUCGGAGAGAGCCUCAAUCCUCCUAUCUCGGCUUCACCAGAAGACAGCUGGCACUACGGAUAAGAAGACUUGGGUUGUGGGAGGUAAGGAUGCCAAUGCGGAUCAAAAAGAGGUGCUUAUGGCACAAAACACGGGGCUCAAGCGCACAUUUACCACCAUCGUCAAUGGCACAAAGACCGGAUCAAACGGAUCAGCAGCAGCAUCAGCAUCGAAUGCAUCAGGUGAUCUAGCAGGACUGGAUCUCACCGCUCCGACUGCUCCGCCGCCGCCGAACAUGGCAAGUGCGGCCCAUCUCACGCCAGACUGGGAUAUUGGAUAUAACCGAUUGUACUUCGCUGAUGAGGGGGUGCUUUUCGAAGAUGCCCAGAUCCAAGUCGGAUUGCGUUCUGAAUACCGUGGCCACAUGGGGGUAGUGAAGUUAUAUAUCACCAACAAGUCAUCGUUUGCAAUUGGAUCAUUGACAACGACAGUCGACAACCGUGCUACACCCAGCCUCAAGGCCGAUACCAAGAGUCUUCCCGAGCCCUCUGUUCCCGCAGCGGGCCAAACGCAGCAAACGCUCUUCUUCGGCGCGAACGGGCCAUUCACUGAGGCGCCUACUAUUCGCAUUUCGUACCUUGCGGGAGCUCUCCAGGCUUAUACUCUGCAACUACCUAUCUUAAUGCACCGAUACAUGGAACCAUCCGCGUUGUCGGCCGAAGAGUUUUUCAAGCGAUGGAGGCAGAUUGGUGGGUCCCCGCUAGAGUCGCAAAAUACGUUUGGAGCUCUGGCAAAAGCACAGGGCAUCAACGAGUUAUUCACACGGCGGGUGGUGGAAGGAUUGGGCUGGAAAGUUUUGGAUGGCGUGGAUCCCAAUCCUAAUAACAUUGUGGGGUGUGCUGUGUAUCAGUUUGCGACGGGUAAGAUCGGAUGUCUUCUACGACUUGAGCCCAACUACGACCAAAGGAUGUACCGGGUCACCAUCCGAGCGACGCAGGAAGCGGUGCCGGAGGCGCUGGCCAAGCAGAUGGAACAGAAACUAGCACAGGGAAGUCGAAGUCUGGCGAAUGAUGUAUAG